CAAAAAAAAUACUAAAAAGCUUCAAACCAAGCAAGCUCCAACCGGGCAAACACGCAAUAUAUUUCCUUAUUUCGGCAUAUAUUCGCAAGCUUAGCACCAUUCUGGACUUUUUUUUUUUUCCCUCUGUUAUCUCGUGUAUCUUUUACUUGAGGCACCAACGGUGUGAUUGCCCCUCCAGUGAGACUACCGCGGGAAAUCCUCGUAUCGCGAGAAUCCUCCUUUCCCGCUGCAUAUUCGAAAAGCCAUUGCGAAGUAACCUAGAGUUAAUCAUACACCUGGGAGGAUUAAACACUCCAGAACUAUAAUCAGAAAUGCCUCCGUCAACAGUAACCCUAACGCCGGGGUUACAGUCCUUCCUCAAGGUUCUCAAGACGAGUGACGUGGAUAGUGCGACAGAAAACUUGAUAUCGCUUUUGAAACGACGCCAGAUACGCCCUUCACACUCCUGCGCCGUCGCAACGGCAUACCUCCUCCUCCGCGUCGUCUCAACAUCAAAAGGAACAGACCCAGAAAAGCUGAUUGACCGUGUACAAAAUGUUGGAAGACGGCUCAUUGCGGCACAGCCCAGGGAGAUGGUUGUUGGGAAUAUCGUGCGCCGUGUUUUGGGCCUGAUUAGAGAAGAAGCGGAGGAUGAGAGGGAGGCUGAAUUUUACCUAUCCAGUGACGCGGGGUCCGAAACCAGGCCACAUACUCCUCCUGCUGCUGAUAGCCAACUUACUACACACUCAUCGGGGAUUUCUACACUUGGCGCACAUGGUGCUACACAUGGCGCAAGCCCAUUAAGUCGCUGUGAAGGCACAGAUGCUGACUCGGAGCGGGGAACAGAACGAUCCUCGUCACGUCCACCGAUGCCACUAGCUCCGCAUGCCUCAUUUACAACUGCAACCACAGCACCCCCAGUAAUAUCGAUGUUUAGGCUACUUUCACAUCCUCAAGUAGUGGGGUCACCGCAAGCUGGAUCCCCAGUCAAUGCAUCGCCGUCCGGACGCAUACGAGGGCAGUACACCUCGAAAGAUUUCAAAGCAGAAGUAAUCGACGGCAUUGGCGAGAUUGUCGACGAAUUAAGCCAAGUGGAAGAUCAAAUUGCCAGCUACGCCCUGGAACACAUCCAUUCAGACGAGGUCAUACUCACCUACACCUCGUCGAUGACGGUGCAUAGGUUCCUAGCGAAAGCUGCAGCGAAGCGAAAAUUCACUGUGAUUCAUGCUGAGUCCUAUCCCAACAAUCACCGCGACACACAUGCUGUUGUAGCCGGGCGGCGACCUGUAGGAAGUGGAGACGAGGAGAGUUUAAGUGCCGAAUCGUUUCAGAAGUCACUCACCGAACUGGGAGUGACGGUGAUUCUAAUCCCUGACUCGGCAGUCUUUGCACUAAUGUCACGGGUCAACAAAGUCAUCCUUGGCACGCACUCGGUGCUGGCAAACGGAGGACUAGUGGCAGCAGCUGGAACAAGAGUGAUUGCGAAUGCAGCCAAAGUACAUCAAAUCCCCGUCAUUGUCGUUAGCGGAAUAUAUAAACUCAGCCCCGUCUACCCCUUCGACUACGAAUCGCUGAUCGAGUAUGGCGAUGCGAGCGCGGUGCUGCCGUAUGAAACUGGAGACCUGGAAAAGAUUGACGUUGAGAAUCCCCUCUAUGACUAUGUGCCGGCUGAGCUAGUCGAUCUAUACAUUACGAAUCUGGGUGGCCAUGCGCCUUCUUAUUUGUAUCGGAUUGUUUCGGAUCAUUACCGAAAAGAGGACAUAGCCUUUUAAAGCACGAGGGGAAAUAGAGCAGAAUAAUAACCUCCAACGAAAGGAACAACGGAUCAAGGGAGUUGAGUGAGGGAAAUGGGGUUUUAGAUAAUGAAAUGAAUCGAAACGAGAAUUCUUACGAUGGAUAUGAAGGUCACAUCCAAAUCAAAUUUAAACUCAAGUUCGUUCGAAGAUGAUGAAGGUGAUGAAGGUGAAGCAAUAUACCGGUUCGUUAAUAAUAUUCAGAAGAUGAAAGUGAAAGGAUGAAUUCAAAGGAGGAAGAUCAACGUAAUGACUGCGCAGUGGUGUGCAUGCGUAAUGGCAUCCUCGCUGACUCUCGGUGCUGUUGUCAGAAGGACUAACUGAAGGGCAGCAAGGGGGGCCCCCUCUCUAUCCCCAAACCUGGUUUUAAAUGACUUCAGGGGCGAGUGAGAUCAGUAAUCACCAAAUCCUCAUAACAAGGAAUAAAUCAAUUGUCCUCCACGCGUCAACAGCAAUGAUGAAGUUAGAAGCAGGCAAAGCAGCCACCAUCCUUAACCAGCCAGCCUUUCAGACAACCCGCCACACAAUAACAAAUCAUGCAAGCACGUUUUUGUAGGUUUUUCGUAGGAAAUUUAUUUUCAAGAUAAGAUAAACAAAUAAAAAAAAG